CUUUUAUUCGACCAAAUAAACCUCAUGUAGCAAAUUACAUUUUUAAAUUCGACCAAAUUCUACACUCUCAUUGACCACACACAUACAACAAAAUAAAUCACAAUUCCGAUGGGCGGAGUAAAACCUCUCGCUUUGCCUCUUCUUCUUCGCUGAUCGGACAACCAGCGAUUAUUCCAAGUUUAGUAGCAUUUGGAAUUGAUUUACUAUCAAAGGGCAGUUGUUAUCGAACAUUUUAAUUAAAGGGGGGAAAAAAGAGAGCAGCGUUGCCAUGGCGAAGAGGAUUGCCGACAAAGAGCUGACUGACCGGAACUGGGAUCAGGAGGAUGAGGGAGAGGAGUGUUGUGAUGGUGUUCAUCAGGCAGGGACAUUUUCCAUCGCUAGUGAUGAUGUGAUGAAGAGCCGGCCCAUCAAGAAGGCCAAGCGUCGUGCUGCUGGUUCAGAGGGGCAGAGUGGAGGAGCAUUCAAAGUGUUUAAAGGGUUCUCCCUGGCCCCUACAUCGGGAACCGGGCCAGCCGCUGAGGGGAUCACAGCCUUCUCCGGGUUCGGGAAUGGGGUAGGGUUUAAACCCCUGUCUGGGCUGUCCAAUGGGAACAGUGUCAAACCUGUCACUCCAGCCCUCACCGGGUUCACCUCGCCUACUGCCACCAAGACCACCACACCAGGUUCAUUAACAUUCAGCGGCCCCUCCAGUGCUGUCAUCACAGGGCAGCAGUCUAAUGGUUCCUCCCCCGCGGUUUCCAGUCGGUCUCUCAGCUCCUCUCUCUUCUCUAACAGCGGUAACAACCAGGAAUACAGUAGGCAGCUCACAGCUCUCAACUGCUCUGUCAGGGACUGGAUCACCAAGCACGUCAACGGAAACCCCCUCUGUGACCUAAACCCCAUCUUCAGGGACUAUGAAAAGCACCUGGCCAGCAUCGAUAAGAAGUACGGAGGGAGUGGAGGGACUGGAGCUGUGGCUGGAGCUGCUGUGGUGGCGGACGGAGGCUCAGAGAGCAGGAGCAGAGCAGAGGAACCAGUGGAGAAGCGGGCAGCCAGUACACCACCACCACCCUCCUCUAGCGCCGCCGCCCCGACCGCCACGGUGCCGGUGUUCUCCUUCAGUAAGGACAAGGACGGCAGCGCUACGGCCCCGGGGGACAGCUCAGCCGCUCCGAUCCCCGCUGGCAUCAGCUUUAGCUUGGGCCAGAAGGGGGACAGCUCAGCCGCUCCGAUCCCCGCUGGCAUCAGCUUUAGCUUGGGCCAGAAGGGGAACAGCUCAGUGUUGGGGUCUCUGAGCACCGGAGGAGCUCCUAGUGUCUCCUCCUCCUCCCUGUUUGGAGGCGCUGCUCCUCCUGCCUUCUCCUUCAGUGGGGCCAAAGCGGAGGCUGCCCCCACCCAGACAACAGAUGAAAACGGGGAGGAGUCGGAUGAACCUCCCAAAGUGGAAGUCCAGGAGAUUAAGGAGACUGACGCGUUCUACUCCAAAAAGUGUAAACUGUUCUAUAAGAAAGAGACGGAGUUCAAGGAAAAGGGAGUUGGAACGCUGCAUCUGAAAACCACCUCAGACGGAAAGACACAGCUGCUAGUCCGCGCUGACACCAACCUGGGUAACAUCCUGUUGAACAUCAUGGUCCAGCCCUCCAUACUCUGUUCCAGGAUGGGAAAGAACAACGUGAUGGUGAUGUGUGUUCCUAACCCUGUCGUGGACCACAACAACCCUACCAACCCUGUCGCCAUGCUCAUCAGGGUCAAAACAGCAGAGGACGCUGAUGAACUGCACAACAUACUGGAGGAGAAGACAGCUUAGAGGACGAGUCCCCUGGAGGGGGGUACAGGCUGCCCCCACUCCACCCUUCUGCCUAUCAACUAACCC